ACUGGGCAGCAUCAUCAGGAAUGAGGAAUCGUUGACAACGUGAAUCGGCAAUUAGCUUUGUAUCGUCGGCAUCAUCAGUAAGGGAACACAGUUUCGGUUGUUCGGCCGGACAGAUAUAGACAACCAGACAGAGACAGAGUCCUUCUUUUUUCUCUUUCUUUCUUACACCAAAAAAAGAAGCCACUAAAAGGGCGAAUUUUGUGAAUCAGAGAUCUGCUCAAGUGAUUUGAAUUUGAGGGGAUUUGGGAGAUGGAAAAUCCGUCGAAGAAGGUGUUGAUGACAUCCGACGGCGACGAGGUUUCGCGAAACAUCGCUUUCCAUCUUGCCAAACACGGUUGCCGGUUGGUUAUGAUGGGAAAUGAGGCUUCUCUAAAGAGCAUUGUAGAGAGCAUUCGAGUUUCCAUAGAGGGAGCCUUCCCUGUGGAGCUCAUUGGAAUCGACAUGGAAGCUGAUAACGAGCAAGCUUUCCGUGUGGCUGUUGACAAGGCUUGGACUUGUUUCGGCAAUUUCGAUGCUUUUCUCAACUGCUAUACCUACCAAGGGAAGAUGCAGGACAUUCUCGACGUCUGUGAAGAUGAGUUCAAGAGAAUCACAAAGAUCAACCUCACGGCUCCAUGGUUCCUCUUGAAGGCCGUCGCAAGCAGGAUGAAACAACAUGGAUCUGGAGGCUCCAUUGUCUUUAUGGCCACAAUCGCUAGCGGCGAGAGAGGGCUUUACCCAGGAGCUGAUGCCUACGCUACAGCCUCUGCUGGAAUCCACCAGCUGGUUCGGGCAUCAGCCAUGAGUCUAGGGAAGCACAAGAUACGGGUCAACAUGAUCUCUAGAGGGCUGCAUCUUGGAGAUGAAUAUAUAGCUUCCGUUGGGGGUAGAGAUCGAGCGGAGAAGCUGGUCAAGGAUGCUGCACCGCUUGGGCAAUGGCUUGACCCGGAGAAACAUCUCUACUCGACAGUGAUUUACUUGAUCAGCGACGGCUCAUGCUUCAUGACAGGCACCACUGUGUUGGUGGAUGGAGCGCAGUCUCUUAUGAGACCCCGUCUCAAAUCCUACAUGUGAUCAUGUACUACUUGUUUUGUAUUUUGUUGAUUUUGAAAAUCCACCCAUGCUAAAUUGCUCAGCAAUGAUUAUAUAACACAGACACAUAUAUAAUAAGCACACCAGUGUGAAAAC